GAGAAGAAGAUACGGUGAGGCAUGACCUGGAAGGGAAGCAGUGGAGGUGCGCUUGGCACCCUUUUGAUUACGACACCUUCCCCUCUUUUCUUCCGUCACCACCUCUUACUUUAUACGGCGCCGUUUAGCCCUUUUCUCUCUGUCGUUUCCAAUCUCCAUUUCUUGGUUACUCUCCGACGCGCUUUUCCCAUCUCAUUAUACGCAGUCGUUUUGCACUCUAAUUCGCUCCUAGUCAACGCCGCUUCUAUCCCUCUCUUCCAUCUCACUCUUCUCUCUCGAGUUUCACCGAUUCAUAAGUAAAAAAAUUCAAGCACCGGAUUCACCGCUUCCUUCACUUCUUCCUCAGAUGGAAGUCUCAGAGUUGUGCUAAUCAGAACGGUUCACCAUUUGUUUCCACACAGCUCAGAGAUUGUAUUUGAAAGGUUCUGUACUUUGUUUCCUGGUUUUUGAAGUUUGAUGCUUCAUUGGCGGCUUCUUGUGUUGGUGCUGGAGUUAGAUGCACGUUCUCGCACCAGAAGUGCAUAUUGAAGGUCCACCUGACACAUCUCCGUUGUUGAUGGAGCGGCUGGGUAGCUUGAACAGCAAUCAGCAUAUGAUCGUGCAGCCGGAGAGGUUGAAUGACAAUCAGCAUAUCAUAGACAUUAACAUAGCUGGAAACGGUGAUGCUUCCACUUCAGGCUCAGCUCAUGAUAGACAUUCUAAUGGUGUGGAUACAUCACAGCAUGUAGAGAGAGCGGGCAGUGUGAGAGUACCUGUUUCGCAGCCUUCGGUUUUAUCCAACAAUGGAUCCAAUGGAUCAAACUCCAGGAAUUCUUCCUUCAUCAGACGUGGAGAUUCACGCCGGAGUAGGAGUCCAGUGCAUUCGGGGUUGUGGAUAUCUGUAGAACUAGCACUCUUAGUAAGUCAAAUUGUUGCAUCAAUUGUUGUAUUGUCUUUGUCAAGGCACGAGCAUCCACGUUCCCCAUUGUUUGCGUGGAUUGUGGGUUAUGCAAGUGGUUGUCUUGCUACCCUACCUCUGCUUUAUUGGCGGUAUUAUCAUCAUAACCAAAGUCGAGAUCAAGAUUCACCCCAAACUCGUCAAACAUCUCCUCGGGUUAAUGAUCCUUCAGGGACAUUUCAUUCCAGUUCCAGAAGUAAUGGAGGAGCAGAUGGUCAAGGUGCUGCUUCAAUGUCCAGAGGCAAUCAAGCUUCACCAUUGACAAACAGAAGAAUGAAGACACUAGUGGAAUACUUCAAAAUAUCUUUAGAUUGCUUUUUUGCUAUAUGGUUCGUUGUUGGAAAUGUAUGGAUCUUUGGAGGACGUUCGUCUGCUGAUGAAGCUCCUAACUUGUAUAGGUUAUGUAUAGUGUUUCUCGCCUUUAGCUGUAUUGGUUAUGCUAUGCCCUUCAUUCUCUGUUCAACAAUCUGCUGUUGUCUCCCUUGUAUUAUCUCCAUCCUUGGCGUUAGAGAGGAUAUGUCACAAAACAGAGGGGCAACUUCUGAAUCCAUAAAUGCCCUGCCAACUUACAAGUUCAAGAUGAAGAAAAAUAAAAGAAGUGGCGACAGUAACUCAGCUGCUGUUGAUGGGGGAGUUGUGGCUGCAGGAACUGAAAAGGAGCGAGUGAUAUCUGGAGAUGAUGCAGUUUGCUGCAUCUGCCUGGCAAAGUAUGAAAAUAAUGAUGAGCUGCGAGAAUUGCCUUGUUCUCAUCUUUUUCACAAAGAGUGUGUAGACAAGUGGUUAAAGAUAAAUGCAUUGUGCCCUCUUUGCAAGAGUGAGGUUGGUGAGAACUUAACCGGAUCGGGUGCCGCAGAAGGUGCCAGCCAAUAGAGCGAGCUCAGGGUUUAAAACCGAUUCAAAUGUCGGAGAUUAAUCUACUUGUAUUCAAUUUUGGGUCUCUCAUUUUCCUUGUGAACUGGAUAAUCUCUUCCCUAAUGAGUUUGGAAAAGGGAGACAAAAAAUGCAUAUCUAUAAAAUUGGUGGACCCUGCAAAGGUAAUGGUAGGUCCCUCCCCAAUAAAUUGUGUUUUCCUCUCAUAAUACAAGUUUUCAAGGGCACUGAAAGAAUUCGAGCAUUCGAGUCUCUUAUAUAUGUAUACAUAUUCACACUUUUAUUUUUGUAAAGCUUCUUGUAUGCUUUCAGCAUCAUCAGUUUCUCUCUUUUUUUUUUUUCUUACUACUUAUUUUGAGGGAUGUUUGAUUCUGACUUCAUCCUCAUUGAUGUAUCCUUUUUUAUAUUUUUUUCCCGUCUUGUUAUAACUGUAAGUUGGUUGAUACAUUUCAUCGCAUUCGUAGUCUUGUGAGUUGAUUGUUCAAAGGAUGCUCAUCACUGGCCAUAUGCUGCGUGGUGCUGCCAAUUAGAAGUAAAAAACACAUCAUUUCAUGUAAAUGGAUCAAUCUCAGAAAUAUAUUAAGUGAAAUUUCUGCGAGUUUCA